CUUUGCGUCGGGCUGUCGCGAGCCGCGACGACCGUUGGUGGGCGCCCUCUCUGACGGCAGCGGCGAGCCACGGUCGCGUCGCUCCCGACACGAGGCAGAGGCAGGGGCGGUGGCGUGGCCCUCGCUGGUGGGCCUUGGCGGCGGCGGCGACGACGGAGCGUGUGUGAACCAGGACCGAGGUUGAGGUGCGCUCUCCCCCACAGAAAUGACUGACAACACUGUGUCCAACAGUGACUUGGCGAGUCUCUUUGAGUGUCCGGUGUGUUUUAACCAUGUCUUGCCUCCAAUUACACAGUGCCAGAGCGGCCACCUCGUUUGUAGUGAAUGUCGUUCGAGGCUCACCCAUUGUCCAACUUGCCGGGGCCCGCUGACAGCCGUUCGCAACUUGGCCAUGGAGAGAGUGGCCGAUUUAGUACUCUUCCCGUGUAGAUACGCCUCUUCCGGAUGCGGAGCAACCUUGCCCCCCACAGAAAAAGCCGACCACGAAGAGCACUGUGAGUUCAGGCCCUGCCGUUGCCCUUGCCCUGGCGCUUCCUGUGGGUGGCAAGGCGCCAUGGAUGCCGUUGUACCACAUGUGAUGCAGCACUAUAACAACUCCGUUAUAACCCUAGAGGGAGAAGUUGUCGUUUUCCUUGCAGUCAACAUUAAUCUGGCUGGUACCCUUGACUGGGUGAUGGUGCAGUCCUGUUUUGGGUCUCAGUUCUUACUAAUUUUGGAGAAACUGGAAAUCCACGACGGUUACCAGAAAUUCUUUGCCGCUGUCCAGCUGAUAGGAACACGCGAGCAAGCUGAACAUUUUACUUAUCGACUUGAGCUAAAUGGUACCAGGCGGCGAUUGAUGUGGGAAGCCACGCCUCUAUCUAUUCAUGAGCGAAUUGAAACAGCGUUUCUGAACUGUGACUGCCUAGUUUUCUACCCCAGAGUUGGGGAACUUUUCGCAGAAAAUGGCGAUUUAAGCAUCAAUGUAACUAUUUCCAUGACUUGAAAUGGUGAUAAAACAUUUUCUGACGAGUGUUUAAAACCAAUACAUUCAGUUUCACAGAGAAUAAGGCACCUGUCUUCCUACCAACCAGAAACUUUGGGCAGGUUGAAGCUAGAGACAUAAG